AGCCACUCACAUGUCAUUUCUCACUCCUCUAAAAAAAACAUGUCAUUUCUCACUCCCCUAAAAAAAACAUGUCAUUUCUCACCCCCUAAAAAAACAAAAAAAAACAUGUCAUUUCUGUGAACUAGAACCGUUAAAGCUGCAAGGACCUGGUCGUCCUCCUCCUCCCUAUUUAUACGCCUCGCCGGCCCAACCUCCUCUGCUUCUUCUUCUUCCCCUGAUUCACAAUUUCUCUGUUUUUCUCUCUCUCACACACACACACUAAAGUCACCACUCACCACCAGCAGCAACAAUUAGCAAGAGUGUGUGUCAGGCGAGUUGAGAUCGAGUCAGGUCAUGGGGGAGGGCAACGAUAAGAAUGCCAAGGAGAAGGAGAAAGGUGGAAAGGAAGAAGGAGGAGGAGUCCAUGGUGAGCAUGAGCAGGCGACCGGCGGGGAGGACGACGGCGUCAAGGCAGGAAAGCAGCAGCAGAAGAAGAAAGCUGAUGGCGCAGGCGGCGGCGGGGCAGAGAAGCAGAAAUCGGUGGUGCUGAGGGUGGAGUUGCAUUGCGAAGGGUGCGCUCGCAAGGUGAAGAAAGCCAUCCAGGUCGCACAAGGCGUGGAGGGCGUUGCGACGGACAUGGCGGCCAGCACGGUGACGGUGAGCGGCGGCGUGGUGGACCCUUGGGAGAUCAAGGAACGCAUCGAGUCGAGGACGCACAAGCCCGUGGCCUUCGUCUCCCCGCCCAAUCCCCCCAAGAAGAAGGACAAGCUGCAGGGCGACGUCCAAGACGUCAACAAGAAACCGGCGGCCGGUGACGACAGGAGCAACAACAAGAAGAAGAACAAGGAGGCUCCGGCGGAAUCGACGGUGGUGCUGAGGAUGGGGCUCCACUGCAACGGCUGCGUUGACCGGAUCAAGCGUACCGCCCACAAGAUCAAAGGCGUGAAGCAGGUGACGGUGGACACGGGCAAGGAGCAAGUGACGGUGAAGGGCACCAUGGACGCCAAUGCCCUCCCCGACGUUCUCAGGCACAAGCUCAAGAAGGAGGUCGUCGUCGUCGUGGUCCCGGCCGCCUCCAACAACAAGGACAAGGACAAGGACAAGAAGAAGCAGGAUCAGGAUGGCGAGGGCGAGAUGAGCAACAACGAGGACAAUGUGGACGAGCAGCAGCAGGGAAGCGGCGGCGUCAAGAAGAAGAAGAAGAAGAAGAACAAGCAGUUGGGAGAGGAGAGUGAUCUGCCGAUGGAGCAGAAGCAGCACAAGGAAGAGGAGUUCCCGGCGACGUACGGCGGCGGCGGGUACCGGGUGGAGAUGCUGCACGCGCCGCAGCUUUUCAGCGACGAGAACCCCAACGCCUGCGCUCUCAUGUGACCGCCCACACGAACCGCAUGCAUGCAUCAAUCAAUUGCUAAUUACCAGUGCAAAUCAUGCUAGUAAUUACAAAUGGAUAACCAGUACGUACUACUCCAGCAUGCAAAUUCAUGAAUGGCAGAUUGUACGUGUUGGUUGGUGCCAUGAUUCAUUGCGGCAUUCAUUGACAAUGCAUCGACGCCGGCCAUGCAUACGGCCGGCCUGCCUCGAUCGAUGUGCCUGCCGUCCGGCCAGGCCAGGCCAGGGGGCGUUAAAUUA